CGCAGGGGACCUGCUGCUGAUGCCGCUGCUGUGAAACGGUGCUAUCCUGCGCCCUCGUCCCGUUUCUACUUGUGGCAGAGUUAUGAAUCUCCUUCUACAGCACUUUAUCCACAACCUGACCAUCUAAGAGAGAUAUGUCCGCUCAAGGGUUGCUAAGUAGUGUUUUCUCGUGCUCUUUAAGCCCCAAAACUAUUUCCAAGCGGAAACUGAGGCAGACCAGGAGCUUGGACUCGACGUUGAUGCGACAUUAUGGUACCGAAGCUGAGGAGACGUCGUAUAAGGGUGACUUCACCUGGAACAGCGUGUCAGGACGCAGCGUUGGCCUGAAGCCCGUCCCCUUGCAAAGCCUCUCAGAGCUAGAGAGGGUUCGUCUCCAGGAUGUGGCCUUCAGGCGAUUGCUUCGGGAUCGCGACCUUGGCUGCCACAUCACCAUCCCUAAAAGUCACAAGCCCAAGAAGUCACUUAGGAAGAAGUUGGAUUCAUUAUCGAAAGAGAAGAGUAAAGACAAAGAGACUAUGCCCCAGGUGUUUGGCAUACCGCUGUCGCAGGUCAUUUCCAACGACCGUGCGCACAAGCAGCGGCACGAUCCCCCGCGGGAGGAGCACAGCGACCCCACCGAAUUGAUGUUAUCCUUCCUUCAACUCACCUCCAGCUUCAAAAGGGCGAACAAAGAACUCUCCAGCAGCACUUCGUCUCUCAGCUCCACUUCCGAGACUCCUAAUGAGUCACCUCUCCCAAGCACACCAGACGCAGUCCCACGGACUCGCAGGAGGGGUGGAGUGUCCGUGGAUUGCAUCACUGACCUUGAUGAUAACCAGUCUCGGCUCUUGGAGGCCCUCCAGCUGUCCCUGCCAGAGGAGGCAGCUGGCAACAGGAAGAAGCGCCAUGACAAAAAACUCAGCCUUAACCCUAUUUACAGACAGGUGCCCAGGGCAGUGGAUUCCUGUUGCCAGCACCUGGAAAAAUAUGGCCUACAGACAGUUGGAAUUUUCCGUGUUGGGAGUUCAAAGAAGAGAGUACGACAGCUUCGCGAGGAGUUCGACCAGGGAUGGGAGGUACACUUGGAUGAGGAGCACAGUGUCCAUGAUGUAGCUGCAUUGCUGAAAGAAUUCCUCAGAGACUUGCCUGAUCCAUUGCUGACAAGAGAACUCUACACAGCUUUCAUCAACACAAUGCUGCUGGAUUAUUCAGACCAAGAGAGCAUCAUCCAGCUCCUGAUAUUUUUGCUUCCCCCCUGUAACAGCGACACGCUGCAGCGUCUCCUCUGCUUGUUGUCCACUGUGGCUGCUCAUGCUGACGACAGCCUGGACAAUGAGGGACAAGAGAUAACAGGAAACAAGAUGACGUCACUCAAUUUAGCCACCAUCUUUGGACCCAACCUCUUACACAAGCAAAAAAAAGACAAAGAGUUUGCGGUGGAGAGCUUUGCCCGUGCAGAGGAGAGUACAGCCAUCAUCAGCGUGGUCCAAAGGAUGAUCAAUACAUAUGAUACACUAUUUAUGGUUCCAGCUGACCUCCAGAAUGAGGUGUUGAUGAGUUUGCUAGAAACUGAUCCUGAUGUUGUGGAUUACUUACUCCGGAGGAAGGCUUCUCAGUACUCAGAUCCAGGCCUGCUCAGAGCAGACGAGUCCUUCUCUCCUGCCGAUCGAUGCUUGUCCAAUGUCUCCAUCAAGGCAUCUAGUGGAGAGGUGUCUCCCUAUGACAACAACUCCCCUGUUCUGUCAGAUCGACUGCUGUGGAAAUACCCAGAUGACAGCAGUCCACUCUCAGACAGAGUCCCCAGGCUUUCUGGGCAGUGUAAACUCAGAGGUCAUUCAAAAGACAGAUCUGGCAGCACCUCUCCCACACUUUCUACCGACAAAGAGGCCUCAGCGAUUUGUGAUGAUGAUGAUUUCUGGGACACCUGGAAUGAACUGUUAAACAAGGAUUUCACUGGCCCUCACAUCACUGGCUCCCUCGGAGAUAUGUCGGAAUGUGAGUCCUAUGGAUCGUCAGAGGGGCUGAGCAGUCACCAAGGUAACCACAAGUUGCCAGUCACACCAGCACAACCCUCACCAGGUGCGCAUAUUUGCAGGCCACACCUGCCGGUGACUCGCAGCAGCAGUGGUCCUGAUGACCAGAGAGGGCAGAAACAACUAGAAUCAUCAUUACAUCACAGAUUGAGCGGCCAAUCAGGAGCCAUUAGCUCAGACAACUUAGCAGCAAGGGCAGGGCACUCUCCAUAUUCGUUAUUUAAAGUCAAGAUGGAUGGUUUGCCUCCCCUUCACUACUCUGGACCUCUGAGGGACACCCAUAUUUCUCACUCCUCACCUUCCCUCUUCACUGGUCAGUCUGACCUCCAAACUCCACAGCAGUCCCAGCGGAGUCCUGCUCCCCACACUGUAGAUACAGCAGACGCCUCUGGACCUGGAAAUGCGAAGGGCCGUGGUGCACCAGACUGGCAGACAGAGAGGUGGCAUAUAUGGCAGAUACUAUCAAAAGACAAUGCAGACGCCCUACCGGAAACCUUGGUGUGAUGCACUCUUUGGGUUUGAUGAACUACAGAGAAGAUAAUGUUUAGAGAUUAGGGGUCUGUCUCCUGCCACAUUACCUGAUGCUGAAACUCUACUAUUUAUCUAUAAUUGCAGUACCAGUUAAUGUAGACUGAUAGAACUUUGCACCAAUUUUUUCAAGACGUGUUAUUAUAGUUAUUUUAUUUUUUUGAGCGCUUAACUGUAUAUAUUAACUAUGUUGCAUAACUAUGAUAUAAAAUAAUUGUUUUAUGUAAAUUUCUAUGUUGUUUGUAGUUCCUUUUAAUAUGUUGUUGAGGUCAUUAAAUAUAUAACAAUUGCUUGCAACACAACCAUCAGAAACUUGCAUCAGACUUGAAUGUCAUAAUUAGACUUGAAUGUUAAUGCUUAAUUUGAAGCCAUGAAUGUUUUUUUUUAAGUGCUGAAUGUAAAUAAAAUCCUGUUUGUGUUGUAAUGUUGCUUUAAAUUUGUAGUAAAACUGAAGCUAGUUUAAUAUAGAAUUCUUCUUAAUUGUGGAAGUGCAGUCUAUGUCUCCACCCAUGUCUUGAUUUUUUUAAAAACCUAAAACUGGAGGAUAUGCUUAUAGUGUAAUAUGAGAUAAUACUACACUAUAAGUAUAUCAGCAAAAAAAAUGUAAUUUGUGUCAGUUGCUAGAUUUUAAUUAACUAUGUGAACUGUCACAUUUCAGCACUAUUUUUCUGUUUAUAUACUUUUUGUGUUUUAAAUGCAGGAUUUUUUGUUAAGUAGCAUUAUUUACAGGUAUAUACAUUAUCUGUAAAUGUACAGUACUCUGUAAUUUAAUGACAAUUAUCUAUUCUUUUUCAGGUACCACUUAAUAAACCAUCUAAAUUCUUC